CAAUCAACCUAAUUGCACUUAAUUUCUCCUAUUAGUCUGACAAAACGUGGUUACGUAGAUGCAGAUGGUUAUUAAUUGAGGACAAAUUGCCAUAGAUGUACCGUAAGACCACCUUUUCUGCAUUGACGUGGCUUUGUAAGACUAAAGCACUGCUCACUUCCAAGCAACAGCAACACUGCUUCUCUUCCCUAGGUGCAAAAGUUCAGAAAAUGGGUGAUAAUAGUAGCAGUCAUGUUACACGUGUUCUUUUUUGUGGGCCUCACUUUCCUGCUUCUCACAAUUAUACAAGAGAAUAUUUGCAAGGCUAUCCUUUCGUUCAGGUUGAUGAUGUUCCACUUGAAAGUGUACCUGCCGUGAUUGGUGACUAUGAGAUUUGUGUGGUAAAAAACUUCCGCAUGAACUCUGAUGUCCUCUCUCGUGCAAAGAGCAUGAAGCUCAUAAUGCAAUUUGGAGUUGGGCUAGAAGGAGUUGAUAUUAAUGCUGCCAAAAAGCACGGCAUUAAGGUCGCCAGAAUUCCAGGUGGUGCAACUGGAAAUGCUGCUUCAUGUGCUGAAAUGGCCAUAUAUCUCAUCUUGGGCCUCCUCCGUAAGCAACAUCAAUUGAAAAUAUCUGUGGAGCAGAAAAAGCUAGGGGAGCCAAUUGGUGACAACCUUCAAGGCAAAACAGUGUUUAUCAUGGGGUAUGGAGAUAUCGGGAUACAUUUGGCAAAGCGUCUACGUCCAUUUGACGUGAAAAUACUUGCUACCAAAAGGAGCUGGGGCAGGCUUGCACAGGACUCAAGCAAAUCCGAGGCACCGUCUGUUGAGAAUGACAGCUAUGAUGACCUGGUUGAUGAGAGGGGAAACCAUGCUGAUAUCUUGAAGUUUGCAAGCAAAGCUGAUAUUGUUGUAUGUUGCUUAGCUAUGAAUAAUGAAACUGCUGGCAUCGUGAACAAUGAUUUUAUAUCUGUCAUGAGAAAGGGUGCCAUUCUGAUUAAUGUCGCUCGAGGUGGUCUCUUGGACUAUCAUGCUGUUUUAACUCAUCUGAAAUCGGGACAAUUGGGCGGUUUAGGAAUUGAUGUUGCUUGGACUGAACCAUUUGAUCCUGAUGAUGCUAUCCUUAAAUUUCCAGAUGUUAUAAUCACACCCCAUGUUGCUGGUGUUACUGAGUUGUCCUAUAGAUACAUGGCCAAGGUCGUUGGAGACGUUGCUCUUCAACUCCAUGCAGGAGAACCUUUUACAGGCAUAGAGAUAGUCAAUUGAACAAUCACUGAUGUUCGUCAGCAUGAUGAAGAGACGUUGCCUUGGGAAUAAUCCUGUGUUCAUAUUUCUUGCCAUUGCUGAAAGUAGAUUCUUUACAUUUCAUUUUAUGGCAUACAAGUAUCCAAAUAUACUAAGGCCUCAUUUGUUUGCACUCAUUAAUGAAUCAUUCAGGCCUCAAUUAUUAAGUGCAUUUGUUUUUAA